AUGUCGUCGAAGAGGAAGAAGAAGACUGCGACGAAGAAACCGCCGCUCAAGAAGAAGAAGAAGAAAGAUGAGCCGGCGGCGAUAGUGCUCCCGCCGACGACGGAAUCGACACCAAAUCCUUCGCUUCCGGAUGAUUUGCUAAUAAGCUGCUUCGCACGCGUCUCGAUACUGUACUACCCGACUCUCUCACUCGUCUCCAAGAGCUUCCGAUCUCUAAUUGCUUCACCGGAGCUUUACAAGACCAGAUCCUCUAUAGGCCACACCGAGAUUUCUCUCUACGUGUGCUUAAAGUUCCAUCCCGACCCUAUCCCUCGCUGGUUCACUCUCUGCCGGAAACCUAAUCAAACCAUAACCACCAACGACGACGACGCCGCCACGAAAUUGAAGAAUAAGAGGAAGAAGAAGCCAAUCGGUUACGCUUUAGCCAAAAUCCAAGCUCCACAUUCUGGCUCCUCGUCCUGGUCGCGCUCGACGAGCCUCGUGACAAUUGGUUCAGAGAUCUACAACAUCGGCGGACCAAUAGACGACGACGACAACGACCGCUCCUCUAACGUCUCGAUCCUCGACUGCCGUUCCAACACGUGGCGCGAGGGUCCAAACAUGCUGGUGAAAAGGGCUUACACUGAUGCCAAUGUCGUUGACGGAAAGAUCUACGUAGCAGGAGGCUGCAGUGACGGCUUCUUCAAAGACUGCGACAGCCCUUCCGAUUGGAUGGAGGUUUUCGAUCCGAAAACUCAAGCUUGGGAGAUUGUGCCAAGCCAGGGCGCGAAGAUAUGCGGCUGUAAAGUAGGUAAAAGCGCCGGAGCUGAUGGGAAAUUGUACAUGUUUGGGGACAAUGGUUUGUCUUACGAACCAAGAACAGGUAGAUGGGAAUAUCUUUCAUUUGAUAUGGAUUAUAAUUGGGUUUGGUUUUCCUUUUGUGUGGUUGGCGAUGUGCUCUACAUGUUUGACGAGAACGUGUUCAAAUGGUAUGACGGUAAGGCGGGGAUUUGGAGGGUUGUGAAAGGUAUGAAAGGAUUGCCUAAGAUUCCGAUGGUUGUGUUGUGGGAGAGGGUUGUGGCGUAUAAGGAGAAGCUGAUUCUGUGUGCGGUGAUUGCGCUUGAAAGGCUUAGUGAUGAAGAGAUUUGGGGGAAGGUUGAGUGGUAUGAUACUGUUCUUACAGUUGACAACAAGUCAUGUAGAGUUGAAUAUGCUCUUGGUGUUACCGUUUGA